AUCAAACAAUACAAGCAAAAAUCGCCGGGAAGUCAUUGAGUCAAGUACGCCACGUGUCGCGCCCUUUGAGAAGACUCCUUGCCACGCGCCUCUAUAGAAACCAAUGCUACAUCAUUCUUUUCCAAUUCCGGCAACAAUGGUCCACCUUCAAUCUCAUCUCCUUCAAAUUCCAUGCUUCCGGCUCCAUAAUCCUCCUCCCUAAACUUCCAUUUCCACGCCUUCGGCGGCCUCCCCGAUCGUUUUAUUUGCUAUUCUGACGAGGCCAAGAAUGGCUAUUGGAUUUAAAUACUGGGAUGAUUGUGUUGACCCCGAAGAUAUGGAAGCAAUGUGGAAUUACCCUGAAGUAUGCGCUGAAUGGUUAGAUGCUGGGGAAUCCAAAACGCAGAAGGUCCACCUCUCAAGGGAUCCAGACGGACAGCCUUAUUUGACUCAGACAGAGAUGAAGGCAGUGGCAGAUAUCAUUGUGCGGAGGCACUUUGAGUCCAAUAUAGAUUCUGAAAUGAUCUGCGCCAUAGCGGAACUCGAGAGUGAUAGACAGCCUCUUGCUAUGCGUUAUCAAAAAAAAACCAAAGAGACAACAUUAGGGAUCAUGCAAUUAACACUUAAAACUGCUGGGUGGUUGGUCAGUGAAUUGGGUUAUCAGUCUUAUGGAUUAGAAGGGAACCCAGAUGUCCUGAACAAGCCCUUUGUCAGUGUAUAUUUUGGGGCUGCUUACCUUAAAUGGUUAUCAAGCUUUGAGAAUAAAGAAAGAAGCGAGGAGUUUGUAGUUAGGGCCUAUAAAGGUGGUACAAAGAAGGCGACUCAUAAAUCAACUCUACCAUACUGGAAACGAUAUCUAUCAGUAAAAGAAAGUCUUCCAUCCAGGAAACAUAUCAAUGAAGCCUCCACCUCUGCUACGUCCCAUCCAACUGCUUCAGGGAAUACAGAGGGUGCAGCUAUUGUUUAUACAUUUUGGGAUUCUCGAGCGACUCCCGAGGACAUGGAAGAGAUGUGGAAUAAUCCUCAUGUUCUAAAAGAGUGGAAUAAGUCUGGGGAGAAAAAGGGCAAUGUACGUUUUUCUCAUGAUUUAAAGAAAAGACUCUAUGUUUCCCGAGUAGAAUUGAAGGCGGUUGCUGAGAUUAUUAUUUCGAAACAUUUCAGUACAAAAGGAGUUAAACCAACGGUUCUUUGUGCUCUGGCAGAGGUAGUCAGCAUGCGCUUUAUUAAUGGGGUUGGAUCGCGUCCUGGAAUAAUGGGGAUUGACUAUUCAACUGCAUUUUGGCUUUAUAUGGAAUUGAGCUACAGAGCAUAUAGACUUGAAUCUGUUGAUGACUUAACCAAGCCAUUUGUGUCCAUGUAUUUUGGUGCUGCCUACUUCGAUUGGUUAUCUGAAUAUGAAGGGAGGGAACGAACUCUGCAGUUUGUUGUUCAGGCUUACAUAGCCGGGCCACAAAAUGUGGAUCUUCAAGAAACAGGUCCUCUGUGGCUCAAAUUUGAGGAAGCAUUGAGUAACUACGAUCACAAUAAGAGUGGCGCUCACGGGAGCUGUUCCAUCAUGUAAACCAGGCAUUUAUCUCACCAUUUGUUUUCAUCCACAACUCGUCCAUGAACCCUCGCGACAAGAGAAGGAUGGAGGCAAGAUAUUCAUUCCAUGCACACGACAAAACUGAACACCAGUUAGCCUUUGAAGUUAUUUGUUUUGUAGAGUACAGCAACAUUACCAAAAAAAAUCAGUUCCAUAGAUUCUUAUUUUUUUCUUCCCCUUUGCUGCUUUCUCCUUUUUCCGAAUUUUUUCUUCUCUAUUCAAACUUGAACUUGUGUUGUCGUCGUCUUCUUCUUCUUCUUCUUCUUUUGUUAUUAGUUUCUUUAUGAGCAUACUUUGAGGCUUCUCUUUAAUCAUUCCCAGUCUAUCUAUGGUGAUAGCUCACUAACA